UGCGCAGACCGGCGGAUGGGCCAGAGAGCGCAGGAGCGGCCCGCGGGGCGAGCGACUCUUCCUGACUCUCCCGGCAGCGGAAGUGACGUAGGGGGAGCCCGGCUGCGAAGGCGCGCGCGGCUCGUGCGGGGCCGUUGGAGGGUUUUGUGGCUGCCGGCUCUGGGCAUGCGCAGAGCGGGGGCGGCGGCGGCGGCGGCGCUGCAGCCUCCAGGCUACAGAAUAACGUUCACGUUUCACUCCAGAUCAUCCCAUCCUCCCAGGGGGAAGGAAAUGGCUGCAAUGGAUCUGGCUCAGGGGCCGGUGACUUUCGAGGAGGUGGCUGUGUAUUUCACCAGGGAAGAGGGGGCUCUGCUGGACCCCACUCAGAGAGCCCUCUACAGAGAUAUCAUGCAGGAGAACUAUGAGACGGUGGUCUUGCUGGCAGGGUUUCCAAUUUGCAAACCUGAUGUGAUCUCACAGCUGGAACGAGGGGAAGAGCCGUGGGUCCCAGAUCUCCAGGGCUCUGAGAAAAAAAUGCUCCCGAGAACUCCCUGCACAGGUGCAGGGAGUGACCUAUGCAUGGAUUCUCUCUGUCUCCCAUCAGGUGAUGGGAUGGUGAGUGAGAACAAGGAGAAACUCCAGCAGGAAGAUGCUGAACAAGUAUUACCACAUGAGAUGUUCUCAGGAGGCUCCAAAGGGAAUGUUUCUGGGAGUUCUGCACUCCCAGAAGAAGCAAAAUCGUGUGAGACUCAGCAGAGGCCAGAGGAAAACUUGAGAAGCCACUCAGACCCUAUUACAUGCGAAACAAUCAACUUGGAAGAGACACGCUACACAUGCCAUGAGUGUGGGGAAAGCUUCAAUCGGAGCUCUGCCCUGAUCAGACAUCAGCGAAUCCACACUGGAGAGAGACACUACACGUGCUCCGAAUGUGGGAAAGGCUUCAGUCGGAGCUCCCACCUUAUCAUACAUCGUAGGAUCCACACUGGAGAGACGCCCUACACAUGCGCUGAAUGUGGGAGAAGCUUCAAUCAGAGCUCAAACCUUACCACACAUCAGAGAAUCCACACAGGUGAGCGACCUUAUGGAUGCUCUGAGUGUGGGAAACGGUUCGUUGAUACUUCAACCCUCAUCUCACAUCAGCGAAUCCACACCGGAGAGACGCCCUACACGUGCUCUGAGUGUGGGAAAAGCUUCAUUCAGAGCUCAAACCUUAGCACACAUCAGCGAAUCCACACAAGAGAGACGCCCUACACAUGUGGUGAGUGUGGGAAAAGCUUCAAUCAGCGCUCACACCUUAUCGUACAUCAGAGAAUCCACACAGGUGAGCGACCUUAUGGAUGCUCUGAGUGUGGGAAACGGUUCAUUGAUAGUUCAACCCUCAUCUCACAUCAGCGAAUCCACACCGGAGAGACGCCCUACACGUGCUCUGAGUGUGGGAAAAGCUUCAGUCAGAACUCACACCUGAUCACACAUCAGAGAAUCCACACAGGCGAGACGCCCUACACAUGUUCUGAAUGUGGGAGAAGCUUCAAUCAGCGCUCAAACCUUAUCACACAUCAGAGAAUCCACACGGGAGAGACGCCCUACACAUGUUCUGAAUGUGGGAGAAGCUUCAAUCAGCGCUCACACCUCAUCACACAUAGGAGAAUCCACACAGGUGAGAAACCUUAUGGAUGCUCUGAGUGUGGGAAACGGUUCACUGAUAGUUCAACCCUCAUCUCACAUCAGCGAAUCCACACAGGAGAGAUGCCCUACACAUGCUCCGAGUGUGGGAAAAGCUUCAAUCAGAGCUCAAACCUUAUCACACAUCAGCGAAUCCACACAGGAGAGACGCCCUACACCUGCUCCGAGUGUGGGAAAAGCUUCAAUCGGAACUCAAACCUUAUCACACAUCAGCGAAUCCACACGGGAGAGACGCCCUACACGUGUUCUGAAUGUGGGAAAAGCUUCAAUCAGAGCUCUCACCUUAUUACACAUAGGAGAAUCCACACAGGUGAGAAACCUUAUGGAUGCUCUGAGUGUGAGAAACGCUUCAGCGAUAUUUCAGCCCUCAUCUCACAUCAGCAAAUCCACACAGGAGAGAAGUCCUACAAAUGCUCUGAGUGUGGGAAAAGCUUCCGUUGUAGCUCAAACCUUAUCGCACAUCAGAGAAUCCACACAGGUGAGAGACCUUAUGGAUGCUCUGAGUGUGGGAAACAGUUCAUUGAUAGUUCAACCCUCAUCUCACAUCAGAGAAUCCACACAGGAGAGACGCCCUACACGUGCUCUGAAUGUGGGAAAAGCUUCAAUCGGAACUCAAACCUUAUCACACAUCAGCGAAUCCACACAGGAGAGACGCCCUACACCUGCUCCGAGUGUGGGAAAAGCUUCAAUCGGAACUCAAACCUUAUCACACAUCAGCGAAUCCACACGGGAGAGACGCCCUACACGUGUUCUGAAUGUGGGAAAAGCUUCAAUCAGAGCUCUCACCUUAUUACACAUAGGAGAAUCCACACAGGUGAGAAACCUUAUGGAUGCUCUGAGUGUGAGAAACGCUUCAGCGAUAUUUCAGCCCUCAUCUCACAUCAGCGAAUCCACACAGGAGAGAAGUCCUACAAAUGCUCUGAGUGUGGGAAAAGCUUCCGUUGUAGCUCAAACCUUAUCGCACAUCAGAGAAUCCACACAGGUGAGAGACCUUAUGGAUGCUCUGAGUGUGGGAAACAGUUCAUUGAUAGUUCAACCCUCAUCUCACAUCAGAGAAUCCACACAGGAGAGACGCCCUACACGUGCUCUGAAUGUGGGAAAAGCUUCAAUCGGAACUCAAACCUUAUCACACAUCAGCGAAUCCACACAGGAGAGACGCCCUACACCUGCUCCGAGUGUGGGAAAAGCUUCAAUCGGAACUCAAACCUUAUCACACAUCAGCGAAUCCACACGGGAGAGACGCCCUACACGUGUUCUGAAUGUGGGAAAAGCUUCAAUCAGAGCUCUCACCUUAUUACACAUAGGAGAAUCCACACAGGUGAGAAACCUUAUGGAUGCUCUGAGUGUGGGAAACAGUUCAUUGAUAGUUCAACCCUCAUCUCACAUCAGAGAAUCCACACAGGAGAGACGCCCUACACAUGCUCUGAGUGUGGGAAAAGCUUCAAUCGGAGCUCAAACCUGAUCACACAUCAGAGAAUCCACACAGGAGAGACGCCCUACACAUGUUCUGAGUGUGGCAAAAGCUUCAAUCAGAGCUCACACCUCAUCACACAUAGGAGAAUCCACACAGAGGCUACGAGGUGCAGCUGGACGCCCUGAUCGUCGGAGCCCUGGGCGCUUGGGACCCCUGCAACGAGCGUGUGCUGCGGAUCUGCGGGAUCGGUAGAUGCUACGCACGGAUCAUGCGGCGCCUCAUGGUCUCGGACACCAUCCGAUGGUCCAGGGACAUCUAUAUGGAGCACAUCACCGGCCACCGACAGUACCAGGAGGAGUGAGCCGGUACGACAUUGUGCACACACUGUGGGAAAGAGACUGAGAGGCCUUCCCCAUCGGACCAUAUGAACUGGAACCGUAAACCCACUGAACAUUAAACCCCACCAAAUGAGGGUAGACCCAUCCCCACCCCUGUAUUCACUCACUAUACCCAGCAUACUGAACAUAGCCGUUGUGUGGAAAACUUACCCCAUAUCUCGAUGUCUGUACUCUGACCGGUUAAACUUUUCCCCCAGUCGGGGAGAUUGCAGAUUAUUAUGUGAUCCUUGCUCCACCAGCUCCUAAAUCGAAUUUUGCACCCCUUUAUAAUCUGUACCUUAUCCCCUGACAACCAGAAACUUCUAUGCUUGAACUCUGUACCAUUCCUUAUUUCAACAUUAUCUUAAUAAAAUUAUUAAAUCUGUU